UAACCGGUUCUCGGCUGUAUGUUUAGCCGUUAGCUUGACUCUGGUCCUCCGUGUGUCUCUGAAUGAAUGACAUCAUGCGGGCUGCCGUCUGUCUCCAUCUGCGACAUGCCUCCUUCACUCUGUAACGGUGAUUGAUUGAAGGUCCGCCGUUCAGCUCCUCACGGUGUGGAGUGAUGCAGCAGAAGUUGUGUUCCAGAGGUUCUGGUUCUUUCCUCUUGGAGAGGAACGGUCAGGCCUGUGGUGCCGUUACCGACUCCUCUGCUUCCUGUGACCUCCCGUUCCGUUGCCCUCGCUGUGGUGAGCAGGAGCGUUUCCGCAGCCUGGCCUCCCUCCGCGCCCACCUGGAGUACCGACACUCGUACCGCUCGCCGGACGUUGUCACCGGCGGCUUCAGCAUCACCGGUAAGCUGCCCGACCCGCUGACGGCGGCCAUCCCCUGGCACGACAUGAGCCUCCCGACCCGCAGGGGGCAGCAGAGCGCCGCCCGGCCGCCUCACAUCCGCUCCCUCAGCGACAGCAGGGACAGCGGCUACCUGCCCUCCUACAGCUCCGUGAGGAGGAGGACCCAGAGCGUCGGGGUGGGGACGCAGGCCGAGGAGGAGGAGGACGAUGAAGAGGAGGCGGGGACCGAGGAUGAAGAUGUGGCAGAUGAAGAAGAGGAGGACGAUGAUAGGGAAGAGAGAGCUGGAAGCAGAACUGAGGAGGAUUUAAAAAUGUCCAACAGGAAGUCAGACCACCACCACAUCAACCACCACCACCUCCCCUUCCCUCCCCUGGCUCCCCUGGGACCCCCACCAGACCCAGACCUGGACCUGGACUUGGACCUGGUCGAGCAGAACUCCUACUCUGGUUUGGAGACGGCGGCGGCUUCGGCUGCAGUCCGCCGGCGGCUGGCCAGCAUCCUGCGGGCGGCCGACAGCACCAUGCAGCGCCGCCUGGCUAAAGUUAGCACCGAGUUAGCGCAGACGGACACGGAGCUGCUGUGUGAGCGUGCUCACUCGCAGCAUCUGGCCCAGGAGAGGCAGGAAGUGGCCGACAGGGAGCGGUCGCUGAGCCGGCAGGUGGACGUGGCUGUCAUGGUGAUAGCGGCGCUGAGAGAGCAGCUCAACGCCUCGGAGAACGAGCUGGAGAGACGAGAGAGGCGAGUUUUAACCAUCCAGAAGUUUCUGGAGGCGGCAGCUCGACAGGAGACGUGCGGCAAAGUUCGAAUCCAGCGCUUCAUUGAGAACCUUCUGAGACGCAUCGCUCUGGCCGAGAGGCUGGUGGAGUAUUACCAGGUGAACGGCAGCCCGCCUCAGUGCAACCACUACAAGCAGCACCAGCAUCAAACGGAUAACGGACCCCACAGAAUCACUAAAAGCAGGUCGGCAGGAGGUCAGCUCUCCUCCUCUGGUUUCCUCGACAACAGAACUCCGUCCUCCUCCCAGUUCGGCCGUCAUCCGUCCUCCAAACCGGGCGGCGACCGGGAGCGGGAGCGGGAGCACCGGGAGCGCCUGGCCCAGUCGUCCAGGCUGUUCUGCCGGCCCGAACACAGAGACGACAUCUGGAACCACCAGCGACGCCGCUCCACGGGGUACGAAGCCUAGAGCUGUAGACAGAGCGGGGAGAGGGAGUGUUGUCAGGGGCAACGCUGCAUCACACAAUGACUUUAAUCCAGUGUUAACCUGUGGAAAAGUACUGCGCGGUCAGGUUCACGUCAGCUUUCCUUCCUUUAGGACGUUUGAAACAGAUAAAUGUAAGUAAGUCUGCUCAGGUUCAUCUGACGUCUGCUUACAAAACCCAACUUUUUUCUUUUUUUAUACAUUCGUCAGCAAGUUAUAAACCCAAAAGAAACAGAAAAUUACAUGACCUUAAAAGCUAGCAACAAUCAAAACAACUUAGGUAAAAAGCUAAAGUUACGAUAUGUCUUCAAAUCAAAUUUAUUUAUGUCGCAUCUUUCAAACUGAGCUGUGUUGACCAAAGUGUUGUACACGUUACCGCAAACACGAGGACAAAACUUCUAAAAUCAAUUAGUAAAAAUAAAUAAAAUAGCAAAAAUAAAAAAUACUACAAGAGGCGAAAGAGCAAGGUGAAUUUCUAAAAUAGAAAUAUAUCUAAAAUAUUCGGCUUUUCCAUCCUGAUGUGAAAUAUUCAUUUUGGAUAAGUGUUAUGUGAAAUUAUCUCAUCUCUUUAUGUAAUUAUAUCUAUUAAUCAGACUAAGAGAUGCAGUUUCACUUGGAAAAUAAAUUAAAAAUCUUCCAUAAAUGAGCCCUAAACUCAUUGCACCUCACAGUAACUCACACUUUCUAACAGGGUAAAGCAGUAAAAAAUAUUACUGCACUGGCAUUACAUUGUAUUUAAGUCAUAAUAGUGGUUUUAUUUCUUAUUUUGGUACUUUUCCAUAGAUUUUUGCACUGAAAGUUACUUCUUAAAAUGUCACACUUAGUUCUUUCUCAGUAGGAUUUGUUGUCUUUUGUCAGCACACGUGAAGCUUAAGUUGCAGUCCUGCGUUCUGAAUCCUCUACUUUGUGUUUUAAAGUAACUUCAGGUAAGAAAGUGUUUUUUUGUGUUUGUCUGCUGAUUGUGAAGUUGAGAUUUGAUCACAGAAACUAGCUGCUGUAGUCGUACAGAAGAGACUCCUGAUGACACGUCCUCUCCUGUGGUCGGAUCCCGGCCAGAAGCUCCUGAUCAGUCCAGUUAUCGGAUCUCAGUCUGUGCUUUCAAACCCCAAAUCCUUGCCUGUGACCGUCUGGAUAAUUGACCGUUCGUUAAAAAUACCCUCUGCUAAGAAAUGAUUGUCUGAUCGUAGCUUAAUUACCCAAGCUCUGUAUCUACACUACUGUUCAAGAGUUUGGGGUCACUUAGAAAUGUCCUUAUUUUUGAAGGAAAUGCAGUUUUUUCCAGAUAGCAUGAAAUGAAUCAUAAAUCCAGUCUAGACCUUGUUAAUGUGGUAAAUGACUAUUCUAGCUGGAAACGGCUGAUUUUUAAUGGAAUAUCUCCAUAGGGGUACAGAGGAACAUUUCCAGCAACCAUCACUCCUGUGUUCUAAUGCUACAUUGUGUUAGCUAAUGGUGUUGAAAGGCUCAUUGAUGAUUAGAAAACCCUUGUGCAGUUAUGUUAGUACAUGGAUAAAAGUGUGAGUUUUCAUGAGAUUGUCUGGAUGACCCCAAACUGUUGAAUGGUAGUAUAGAUUACCAUCACACACUCAUGAAUUAACUCAACCUUAACAAGCUCCUUUUAGCCUAGAUUGAGUGUUUUGUUUGCUUUUGCGUUGUUGUGCAUUAUACGUAACUUCUAAUCUAAUGACCUCUGUCUAAAUGACAGAAUGGCGUCACUUUGACGGAUUGACAAAACCAACAAUGUUUCAUAUUUUAUGUCUGAAAAGGACUCGGUUAGCAAAAGUGUUAAAAAAAAUUGUAGAUCGCUCAUUCAAUGAAUCCAUCUGUUUUCUUUUGCUUAUUCUAUGUUGACUUUAGGUGUCAGCAGGUUCCCAUUGCUAGCAGUGUUCUCCAGUUCCUCGUGGGGAAUCUGAGGUGUUCCCAGUUCAGAUGAGAUAUGUAGUCCCACCAGCGAGUUCUGGUUCUUCCACCAGGGUUGGUCUAUUUGUUAUUAGAUUAAUUGAUAAUCUAAUGUUGCUUAAAGGAGCCGUUGCAUAGCGUCGUCUCAGCUAGGAUUUGGUUUGUAGAGCACAGACUGGAGUUCGAUGACACCAGACUUGGGUCAAAUAUGUUUUACAUGUAAUUCCUGGCUUGUGUUUGAGCAGUUGGUCGCUACAUUAGGACCAGUUCACUGUCUAGUAAUUGUACAUAGAGAGAAAAAGCUAUAGAUAUAUUGACUUGGUCCUGUGUAGCCAGUUACCACGUAUUUAAAGAUGAGCAACACGUCACGACUUCCUUCCACGGUACAGAAGUGAAGCCAAGAUCCCGCCUCUUGCGUGCUCACACGUGAGGCCGAGCCGCCGUCAUCUUGGACGGUCAUGAACCCUUGCUUUAGUAGAUGCUAGGGUUGGUUCUGCUCUCAGCUUGGUCAUCCGUGGUGCAGAUGACAUCAGCAACGUAAAAUAGAAGCAAUAUUUUGGUUCCACUUUAAGACAGCUGGCAUGUCGUCCAUCUUCACUCGCCAACCUGUUACCAAAACAGGAUUAAACCGGAGAUGCUGUGGAGAGUAAAACCAACUUUUUGUUUUCACCACUGUUUGCCUUUCUUUAAAGGAACAGCACAACUUUUUUUCCAUCUUAUCCAAAGUCUGAUAGCAAAACGGAGGCCCAGGUCUGUUAGCGUAGCUCAGUACAAUGCCUGGAAGCAGAGAGAAACUGCUAGCCUAGCUUCAACAGCCGUGAAAACAAACAUCUUUGUAUCCAAAUUCACUUCUCAGUUAUAUUGCUCUAUAGGUAUUGUUGCGUGUCAUCUUUAACCACACAGCUCGAUUUUCCGUUGAUGGUAGUUUGCCAACAUGUUCAAUUAGCUCAGCAGAUAGCACUGAAAGGAAUGGUUAUGCUCUCUUCAUGGCAUCAUGAAGUCCUGAAAUCUGGUCCUUCAGUUGGUUCCAUUACUCCGGACUCGUGAAGAUACCCUUCUUCCACAGCUUCAUCUUCCAUCUGGGUUCAUCCAGUACUCUCUGAGAGGUUGAUAAGUGUAGCCACAAAAAGCUAUUUGGAAUUUAUAUCAAAUUGAACCGUAGUUAUACAUUAGUCUGGUUCUACAAGUAGGCAGCUGUAUUUGGAAAGCUUUAGACACAUAUUUGAAAUCAGAAUCAGAAUCAGAAUCACUUUAUUCAUCCCUGAAGGGAAAUUCAGUUGUCAGGGUUCUUAUCUGUUUAAUUUUGAAUUGAAUAGCCUGACUGCUGAUGGCAAGAAAGGUUUCCGAAAUCUUUCGGUCUUGCAGUGCAGGGAUAGGAGCCGUCCACUGAUGUUUCUUUGUUCAUUGAGGCAGAUGUGAAGUGGAUGAUCCAUGUUUGUCAGAAUGGCCUCCAUCUUGCUCCGUGUCCGUCUCUCCACCAAAAUAACACUUUUUUAAACCAUUGCCAUGUUUCUAAUAAUGACAGACUGCACACAAUCCCCCAAAACAAUCAUGAAAAGAUGCCUUUACUGACAGCAUAUAAUAGUGAGACACUUAUAAAACCAAAACUAUUUUGUAAUAAUGGUUUUUCCCUUGAUAUUGAAGGCUACUAUUAACAAUGGGCACGUUUUAGCUUAUCAAAUGGUGGAAGAUUGUUUUUAAAACAUUAAAAUACAGCCUCAACGGCUAACCCUCAUUAUGACCUUGAUAAGAACUUAAAGGUCGUGAAAUUACCCUGAACAUAGCCCAGAGCUUACAGCUGGACAGUUUGUUUUGUUUGACCGUCCAACUGCCCCAAAUACUCACCAGAGCACCCAAUGGGAAUGAAUCCACCGCUGAAAAUAGUCCCAACACAUGCACACUUCGCUUGUCUUGUGAGCUGCUUUUAAAGAUGUGUUUGGAACCAAUGGACUGAAAAUACAGACCUGAUUUCUUUGGGCAUAUCAGUAAUCCAAGCAUAAUGAUACAAAAAUGGAAAAUGGUCUUUGUAGAACGUAUUUUAUGCGUUUUUCUAAGAUGCUAAAACCAGAUUGCACCAGCUUUGUGUUCUGAAUGUCUGUAAAACCUCAUUUCUGUCACUUUUGUUGAAGACUGGCAGUUUCUCUCUGCCUCUGCUGUUUGUAGUGAAAAGCUGCAAGAAGAAAGCACUUCCUUUGUUGUGUUUUACCUCCACUGCGUCUCCGGUUAAAGCCAGAUGUUCGUGCAGGAGCAGUUUGACUCAGGUCUGGAGGACGCCACACGCAACGAAUGUACUCUGAGUUAAAGCUCACAGUGAAGAGAUGCUGAGCUUUCAGCCCGACUCUGGUCUCGGCUUAAACUCGCACUCUUUCACACAGAAAAACGGGUGGAGAUUCUCCGAUCACAAAUGAAUGACGUCGUGCUUUCAUCCAAAGUGACUUACAGUGCCGUGAAUGCAUAAACAGUCCAUCUGCAGUAAACUGAACCCACUCAUGACAGCUUGUUAGAUAGAAUCAUUCCUCUCUCCACAUCGUUCUGUACGACCUGUUUACAUUUUUGCACUCAUCCAAUGAUAAGAAUGUAAAUGUAAAAGACGGUAUUUGGUGUAAAAUGUAUCUUUGCUGUUGUUGGUUUGGGUUUCGUUGACAGUGUUAAUAGAUAUUUUAUAUACGAAGCUAUUACGUGUUGUCAAGUGGAAGUAGUAGUCCUGCAGUACUUAAACUGGACAGAACAUUUGUCUGGGUCGCACACUAAUCAUCUUUAUAUUUUAACAGGGUGUCUGUAAGUUCUGGAAAUUACUCAAUAACAUGUAACUGUCAUAUUUUAUUCCUUAAAACCCUACAGGUGCAGGAUUCCACUGUGAGAUAUUACUGUAUGCAGACGAUGUUCUCUAUUCUCUGGUUGUUUGUAGUUAGUCGAUCAGAGUUCUAAUUGGCAUUAAUCACCAGAUCUUGGUGAACUGAGCUUCCAGGGCUUUCAGAGGCUGUUUUGUUUCAGAUUAACUGCAAUAUUUUAAAGUCAAAUCAAAUGUUGUAAAUGCAUCGUUUUUCAUCGGUUUAAUAAACCGAGUCGGAUACAAAUAUUGAAUAAUCUUGAAUAUUAUUGUUGAUCAGCUGGGAUUUGUUUUUAAAAUGUCUUUGUGGAGCAAAUAAAAUGCAGAGGAUAAACUCUGAUUUCAGCAGGUUUACCUUCUGCUGCUUCUUAACAUAUUAAAAAGGCUGAUCCACAUAAAUUUGGACAAGCUGCCCACUGAGUAUCUCAGAGUGAAUUCUGAAUAUUUAAGCACUGCUGAUCUAAGACCAAGUCAGACUGCUGCUGUCAAGUAAAAAAACCCAUUUCUCUGAGCAAAAACCAACGGAUGUUCAGUUUGUGUUCAUAAUUUUCAGUUAACCAACAAUCAAAGAGCUCAACCCACAUUAAAAUAUGUUGUUGACUGUCAUAAAAGGGUUAUGAUUCGAUGGCAAGUUUGAAGUUUAAUAGACUUUCUUACUAUAUCAAGGGGAAAGUUCACUUUAUACUGUGGAACAACAUUUGAUCCUGUUUGACACAUUGCUUUUUCUUAAUUUAUGGAGCAAAAAUAUCAACAGAUGCAGAAUUCUUCUGUGGAAAAAAGUAAGUACACCAUAGGUAUCAGAAGCUAGUUUUGCAUCAUCGAGUUCAGGGGUGUCAAACAAAUCUUAGUUCAGGUUCCACAUUCAGCCCAAUUUGAUCUCCAGUGACCAGUUAAAUCACAGCAUAACAACCUAUAAAUAAAUAACCACAAUUCCAAUGUUUUCCUUUGUUUUAGUGCAAAAAUGUCCGUUCUGAAAAUGUUCACAUUUAUGGAAUUAUCCUUUUACAAAACCUAAUAAUCAACCUGAAGUUUCUUAAGAAAAAUAAAUUCAAUUUCCACAACAUUCAGCCUCUGUUUAUCAUUUAUUUAUUACAACUUCCAGAUCACAGAGUUUCUACAAAGGAACACAACAUGUAGUCACAGGAAUCUGGAGCUGAAUGAUAGAGUAUUUUACUUUGUGAUCAAAAUGAUAAACGUUUGACAAAAUAUGACAAAAAAGAGACACAAAACGACAAAAGUGAGAAACAAAAUGAGACAAACGACACAAAGGCCAAACAAAAAUUAGAAAGUGAUUUUUUUUAAAAAUGGGCAAACAACAAAAACGAGACAAAAGAUGACAAAAGCGAGAAAAGAAGCGACAAAAAAUAGACUAACAACACAAGCGAGACAAAUAAAGACAAACCACCAAAAACGAUACACAAAACAACGAAAAAAAUCACAAAAUUACAAAAACAAGACAAACUAUUACAAAAAUGAGACGCCAAAGAACAAUAAACAAUCUAGUAUUUUACUUUAUGAUCAAAACAACUUGUCAUGGUGUAGGAAUUAUUUUAAAUUUAUAGUUUUAUUAAUUUACAAUCUGCAGUUAAUGUCUUCUGUCAUUUUUACACUUUGAGGGCCGGAUUGGACCCUCUGCCGGCCCAGUUUUGGCCCGUGGGCCUCAUGUUUGACACCUCUGUUUUAGCAGAAGUACCUUAUUUUAGAUGUUUCUCAUAAUCGUUUCCUCGUCUUUGACAUCAACUGGCUGAAAUAAACGACCACUUUUCCGGUAAAAUUCCUUCAGCUGAAGAUGUUUGAGGGUUCCUUGUUGGUCCAAACUUUUAGUCCUUAAAAACUUUGUGGGUUUUUUUAUGCAGACAGCAGCAUCAGUGUCCAGUGCUUCCUGUUGUGUGUUUGGAUGCAUGAAGCAGCCCGACUCCUACCACUACCACUACUACUACUCCUACUACUACUACAUAUGUAGCUAUUGUGUUACUGUGAAAGCAUGCUUCAUAUGUAGCAAAAAAAAAAAGCAAAAUACUUAUAAAGUCCUGUUAUCUUGUACUACUGUGUGUACUUUUGUAGCAGAGCGAGGUCUAUUUUACUGGAGUUUGAAGGAAAGUUGCACUAAACCAACACAGAGCACUUGUCUUGGAGCUGUUGGAGGGUUGAACGGCGGACAGUCGGCACGGCGUUGGAAAUAAACUUUAUCCUCUCUGUGUUGGAAGUGUUUCAGCUCUGACAGAGUGAAAGAAAAGCAUCCUAACUGGAGUCAUUGUCAGUUUGAUUAUGACACUACUACCUUUUCUUGGCGUGAGUCGGUAGAGACCAAGUUUUAUGUUGUGUAAAAAAAUAAAAAAGCAACCUGAUGUUCCUGCGGCCGAGUUUGUUUGAUAUCCUUGAGUUCAUGGCGUCUGUCCGUAGGGAUUUCGUUUGCAGAAGUAAUCUCUAGUUUUGUGCCUUCACUCAAGAACUCUGUAGUCUGUAAAUCACUGUGCAAAAAUGCAAUACUGUGAAGAACUGGAACCCUUUUUCUGUUGAAACCUGUCCGUGUGUGUGAUGCCCAUCCAAGAUUAAAGAACAAACAUGACACCAACA